AUCAUUACAGCAACAGGGAACAAAGUAACAAACAUGAAUAACGAGACUUCAUCACCAGAAGAGAGAUCGCUUGUACAUACAAGCAAUGCUAUAAGAGAUGUAACAAUAAACGUUGAAGGAAACAAACUUUGUGUUUACUAUGAGUUAACCAAGGGCUGUGUUGAUAUUGACAAGGCAUGUGGAGCAAAAGUUAAUGGAUUUAGUAUUGGUUGUGCUGAUGAUGAGGAGCUGUUUCAUGCAUGUUGCUAUAAGAAAUGUUCACUUGUUGCUAAUAAACAUUUCCCAUUACGCACAGAAAGAUGGACGUGUGCAAGGAAUGGAUGCACUUCAAGUCAGGAAUAUGAUGCUGGUCUCUGCUAUCCUAAAUGCAAAGAGUACUACAUCGGAGUUGCCACUGUUUGUUGGGGAUAUUGCAGCCAUUUUUGUGGAAAAGAUUACACUGACAUGGGCCUAUACUGCUACCGGUGGUGGCCACCACAUAGCUGUUACAAGCCAAGGUAUGAUAGAGGUGUUGGGAGCCUCCCUUACCAACCCUGGAUCUAUGGGGGUGAUUGCUGGGGAUUUGGUGUGAAUAAUGAAGGAAAAUGCGCACUUCUCGAUGUCUCUAGUAAAGUGCCCAUUGAUCUUGGAUGCAAGAAGCAAUGAACUGGCUUAAUAUAAUAACAAGUGCAUGAAGAAGCAAUUUAGGACUUUUUGUUAGGACUACUUUUGUUAGGACAUUUUUUGAUUAUUUUUGGUGCUUCUGUGUUCAUGCAACUUUUGUAAAUAAUUAUUUUGCUUUGAUUAUUGUUGCUAUAACCAGC